AUGCCGUGGCCGCGCAAGCAAACUCACUUACUCACCUACCUCCUACCGCUUCAACUACCUACCGUGUAGACUGAACUCCCUAAUCGCCUCACUGUCCGCCAAUUCGGUCUGAUCUUCUCCCUUCCCUCCACGACCACUCGACCUCGACUCCCAUCAUCGCACGUACUCUUAGAAAAGUGAAUAGCGACAGUAACAGAAAGUCCCUGGCGAAUUAGGCUUGCGACGGUCUUAACCCCCCUCCUUGGGGCUCGCGGCACAAACCUCCCGUCCAUCCUGGGAUCCGCCCACCGACGUCCAUGAUAACUUAUUCUUCCCUCAUCUCGCACGCAGCGACUCUGCUGCUCUCCGCCUCAUGAGAGUGGUCGAAAAAAUGUUAUUGCGCCGGCGAGCAGGCCGAACCGACACCCUCACUUACCUGCUAGCAUCCGCCUGCGCCCUCAUCGUCUUCCUCGUAUGCUCGAUCCUGUACGGCACCCGAUCCGACAAUCCUUCCCUGCCCACCCUCGUCAAGGAGGUCCUCCCUGCCGGACGCUGUCUCUGCCAGUACAGCACCGUCUUCACCUGCGACACCUGCCUCGAUUGCGCCGCGAGCCAAUCCGCCUUCUACGAGAACGCGACGAACCACAACAUCGGUUCCGAGGAGGAGAGAUGGGUCUUCCAGUACAGCCGUGAUUCACACAAUUACGGAUUGGACGAGGACCAAUGCCAUGUUGCAUUCCCGGGGUUGUUCGAGGACAUCGAGAGGGCGAAGAACCAGCGCACCGUGCUGGGCAAGGUGACGGAGCGACUGUUGUCGUCGUUUAAUCUAUCCAAGGGCAUGGUGCGUGCCAUGAUAUAUAACGGAGAGCUCUACGUCCUGCAGACCUACCUCGUCGACAACGUCAACCGCCAAAAGGCCCUCGCCGUCCUGGCCUCCCUCCACCGCGCCAUCACCUCCGCGCCCGUACAAGCCCCGAUCGAGAACGUCGAGUUCGUCUUCUCGGUAGAGGACCUCCCUGCCCAGCCGAACAAACCCAUCUGGACCCUUGCACGCCGUGCGCAGGACACUUCGCUAUGGCUGAUUCCGGACUUUGGCUUCUGGAGCUGGGACAUGCCGGAUCUGGGCACCUUUUCUGAGGUCGCAGACGAGGCGCGCCAGCGCGAGACGGUGGAGCCUUGGGACUCGAAGCGCGAGCGACUGGUUUGGAGGGGCAAGAUUAGCUUCGCGCCCAAGCUGAGGCGCGCUUUGCUAGAUGCUGCGAGGGGGAAGAGUUGGAGUGAUGUAGGGCAAGUGGCGUGGUCGACUCCCAACUAUAAGGACCAGUUCUUGGGUCCGGUGGACCAGUGUGGAUACAUGUUCAUUGCGCACGCCGAAGGGAGGAGUUAUUCCGGCGCUCUAAAGUACCGCCAACUCUGCCGUUCCGUCAUCGUCUCGCACAAGCUGCAAUGGAUCCAGCACCACCACUACCUCAUGCGCGCCACCGGCCCUCUCCAGAACUACGUCGAAGUCGAGCGCGACUUCUCCGACCUGAACAACGUCAUGCAGGACCUCCUGGCCCAUCCCGAGAAGGCGAAGCGCAUCGCCGACAACAGCGUCCAGACGUUCCGCGAGAGGUAUCUGACGCCCGCGGCUGAGGCAUGCUACUGGAGGGAACUGGUCAAGAAGUGGAAGGAAGUCAGCUUCGAUCCCGUCCUGUACGACGGAGUCGAGAUUGGCGAUGGCAGGUUGAAGAGGACACAGAAGAGGGGAGUCCGAUAUGAAACGUUCAUGCUAUACGAGUAUCCCAAACAGAUGGAGUACCCCAAAAGCGCGGAGAUGAGUCCUGCUAUUGGUCCCUGAGCUCGCC